AUGGGUAAACGAGGUCGCAAACCAAUUAAAAGUGAUUCAAAUACACGAUUAGAAAAAAGUCGUGAAAAAGAACUUGUUACGGAUCGUGAAAAAGCCAUCGUACAAUUGCAACAAGAAUUAGAACGUCUUCGAACAAUUUGUCAAUAUUUGGAUCAAAAUGGAAUUAAUAAUGAAAUACGUCAGGAGUUAAUUCAAUGGAAAGAUGAUCCCGAUGUGGCUAAUUUAAUAAAAUAA